AUGGCGGACCCGACGUUACAAACAUUUUGCUGUCAUCACACGAACAAAUCGGAUAUGGCGCUGAUAAUAAUGCAAGAAUUUAAUAGAGACGCGUACAACAUUGUGUGCAUGGUCUCGUCAGUAAUUGGCAUAUUCGGAGCAAUUUAUCAGAUAUUACCUCGAGAAGAUUCAAGUUCCCCUUAUCAUUGGAACAAUUUCUCUUUGUCCAGAGGACGAAAUAUUAUUGUGUGGCUUGCUGUUGCUGACCUCUUAGCAUCUUUAGGUGUUUGUGUGAGAUCAGCAAUAUGGAUGCGUUACAAAUCUAUCAUGCCAAUGGAGGAUGACACUUCCAGCGUAGUUUUCUGCGCUUUGUCAUCGGCAUGGAUCCAAUAUUUUUACAUGGCCACAUGGAUAUGGACAUUGUGUUAUGCUGUGGAUAUGAAGUUACUGCUAGGUAACAAAAGUGGAUGUCCUAUGUAUUAUCAUGCUGUAGCCUGGAUACUGCCAGCCAUCCUCACUACAUUUGGACUGAUUAUGUUGUACAUUCCAGAUGCAAAUUGUCACAACUCAACGACGCUAGUCACUGCCGUACUACGUAUUCUUCCUAACUACUGUGCCACGUACGUACUAAUUGCGGUGGUCAUGAUCGUGAAUCCCAUCAUGUAUAUUGCGUCAACUCGAGAUCUUGAGACAGCAGUUAUGCAUAGCAUGGGCCAAAUGACCAGCAGGGAACGGAAGUUACUACAAACAAUUAGAUUAAAAUUCGCCCUCACUAAUCUAGUUUACUAUAUGUGCUGGAUACCCAAUUUAAUCAAUGGGAUAUUGUUGUGGACCUUAUGGUUCCAGUUGCCGAUUAAGGCGAUCAUCAUCUUAUGGUAUAUAAUGGCUGUGACAAAUCCUCUUCAGGCAUUCUUUAAUGCGCUUGUCUAUCAAAGAUGGACUAGGCGGGAGAAACUUCGUUUGGAUUGUUGUCAAGACACUGGAAGCACAAGUAAAAGUCCAAACAGCAAAAGAGAUACGGGUAUGCAUUUUUCCGAGUCGUCUCCAUUACUAAAUCCAAAGACAGAAUACGGACGGAACACACCAUAUAUCAGUAUAAACGGAUCUUCCUCUCUCUAAAAGAAAAAUAAUAGUUGUUACCAAAUUUUUAAUAACUUGUUCUGUAAAUACAGUGUGUAUAGCAUCAAGAUCAUCUUUGUAUACAAUGUCAUUGAGAGAUUUACAUCUCAUAAAAUCAAGGUUAGUCAUUUUAAUAUUUUAUGAGAUAUUUUAUGAGAUUUUGGAGGAUUAUUUUAAACAUACAAUAAUCUGUUAGAAGAUUUAAUGGGACAUUUUGUAUAAUAAAA